AUGGAUAAAACCAAACAAACAGCAAAAAAAGAAGAGAAGAGGUUAUUUAAUAAAGUCUAUUCAAAAUUCUGGAAAAUGAACGGAAGAGAAAAAAUUAUCUCACCACAUGACCGAAUUAUCAUUGGAUUUUCUGGUGGAAAAGAUUCAUUUUUGUUAGUCCAUGUCCUUUCCACUCUCUCAAAAAAUGUUAAUUUCCCAAUUGAUGUCGUUGCUGUUCAUGUUACAAACCCACAAGUUGGCUAUCAAUUAGACCUCGAACAGUCAAAAACAAUUUGUGAAUCAUUUGGUGUUCCUUUUAUUUCACUUCAAUCAGAACAAAUGCCCGAAUCAGACAUUGAAGAUGCAGAUAAAAGUACUACUUUUUGUUUAAACUGUGGAAAGAAUAGAAGAAGGGCUUUAUUAAAAUUUGCAAAAGAAAAUGGAUUUACCUCUAUCGCAUUAGGACAUCAUAUGGACGAUGUUGCUGAAACAUUAUUAAUGAACCAACUAUUUUGUGGCUGUAUCGCUACUAUUCCUGCUCAAUUCACAACAGAAAAAUAUGGAGUAAAAUUUAUUCGACCAUUGAUUGAAGUUCCAGUAGUUUUAAUUCAAGAAUGGACAAAAUAUAUUGAAUUACCACGUUUAAUACGUUGUAAGUAUGAAAAAGAUAGUAUGAGAGGUGAAGUUAGAGCAAUACUAGAACAAUUAAAGAAGAAACACCCACUAAUCAUUCAAUCACUUGCUCAAUCUCCCAACAAUGUGAAACAAGAUUAUUUAUGA